CUUGGGUGGUGGCGUUGGCAAACAUGCAAUCAAAUGCACGUGCUGUGAUCUCGAGCUUCUUGGUGUUGGCCGACAAUGAGCAGCUUCCACCUCCAUUUCUUGGACCUUUGGUCCAGCACCUCAAUUGCGACCCAACGAGUGCCGCUCCUCCUCCGACAUUAUAUCGCCUGGGUCCUCAUUCGUGUAGAGAAUUCAAAGGUGGCCACGCCAGCGUGGAGCACGACGUCGUGGGUAUUGCCUACUCGAUCAAAACAACCAGGACCAGCGUUUAUUUCUGGUUUCACUCAACCGUUCGACUUGACGUGGCAAAGCAAUCGUUGCUGGCGCUGUUGCAACACGUACGAGAGAGCCACGUGCAGACAGUGAUCCGACUACCGGGCGUGGACAAGAGCUAUUGUGAAUGUAUUCACGACAGCAUGAGUGCAGCACACUGGAACCGAGAGAAUGGGUAUGAAUUGCAUGUUCUCGACGCCGCCGUGCCAGUCAAGGCCACCGCGUUAGGUGCUUCGUGGAAUGUCGAUGGGGAGACGUUCGAGAUGGACAGUGCCAAUUCCAGCGACGCCGCCUCCAUUUUAAGCUUGGCCAGCGUUGGUUACGACCCUGCGUACAUUCUCGAGCUGUUGAAGCACCCAAUUUUCAGCCAACUCAUGCGUGUGGUCCGACUGGCUUCGACGAAACGCGCAGUGUCGUGGUCCCUAGUUCACUCGGACUUUUCGAUCGGUCUAUUGGGAACCGUCCCAGCAUACCGCCGCAAAGGCCUCGUGGGGUUGGCAUUGAGCUCGACGGUUGAAGCGUACAGGGCAACAGGUAUGACCAACGACAACGCGCGGUUUGGCGUCCAGCCGCAUUGCUUUGUGCACUGGAGCAACACUGCCAGCCAGCAACUGAUGGCCUCUUUGGGAUUCAAACCCGUCCCAAACAAAACAUUCCACUGGAUGCGCCUCCAUGCGUAGGUAGUACAGUACGUACAGUCUGUUACAGUAAUCUGAAUAAAC